GACCGCUUCCGGCGGACGCUCGCACAUGGGCGGUUGGCGAGCACGUAUCUCUUUGUCGGUCCCGAGGGCGUCGGCAAACGCACCUUUGCCGAGUGGCUGGCGGCGGCGCUGCUCUGUGCGAACCGGCGACAUGACUCGCUCGACGCCUGCGGGCAUUGCGACAGUUGUCGGCUCAGCAUGGCGGGGACGCAUCCCGACCUCUUGCGGGUGUCGCGACCUGAGGACAAGACGACGCUGCCGGUCGAUCUCUUCAUCGGCCCGGCGGACAAACGGAACCGCGAAGGGCUCUGCCACGAUAUCGCGCUGCGGCCGCUGGUGGCGACACGCCGCGUCGCGAUCAUCGACGACGCAGACGACUUCAGUGUCGAGACCGCCAACUGCUUGCUGAAGACGCUCGAAGAGCCGCCGCCGGGGUCGCUGCUGAUCCUCAUCGGCACGAGCAUGGCGCGGCAGCUCUCGACGAUCCGCUCCCGCUCGCAGGUCGUGCGGUUCGAGCGGCUCGAAGAGACGCAAGUCGCGGAGGUUCUCCGGCGGGAACCUCACUCGCUCGAGGCGAGUGAAGCCGCUCGGCUGGCGGCGAUCUCCGGUGGCAGCGUGAGCCGUGCGUUGGAACUCGCCGAGGGGCAGCUCGAUCAGGCCCGUCAGACGCUGCUGACCCGGCUGCAAUCGCCGCGGCUCGACGCGAACGACUUGGCCCGGGUCUUCGAAGAAGAGACCAAAGCGGUCGCCACCGAGCCCCGCAUCCGCCGGCGGGCGAUGCGCGAGUUGCUCGCCGCCACGAUCGGUGAGCUGCGGGGACGGCUUGCCGAAUCGGUCGGCGACGUAACGCGGACCGACGCGAUCAUUCGCCAACUCGACGCCUGCUUCGACGCGGAGGUGGCGAUCGAUCGGAACGGCAACCAGUCGGCGGUCGUAGCGUCGUUGGCGAAUCACCUGGCGCGACUCGCAAGGUAA